AUGGUAUCCAGUGCCGCAGGAUAUUCUGCGCACCAUGCUCAGUAUAGUCUGGAGCGUGAACGAUGGGCUAAACUAGCAUAUGCUCCACCCCCUGCAGAGACCAUUACGCUAGAGAUAUCAGCUGUAUACGAGGGGAAUUCGCGGAAGAAAAGUGGGCGUGGCAUCAACUUUGGGGUACAUCUUUCUAUCCUAUACGUCCCCCUUCGCAGCAUGAUUGGGAUUGGUGCUUUUAAGACAGCACAUCCAGGAUGGCUCACACUAUCUCCCCUGUCCUCCAGUGGCCUCGGGUCGCGCGCUCAGCAGGUCGUCGUCGUCAAGCGGCCAUUUCAUAGACCUCCCUCUCACGCUGCUGGAUCCAGUACACUCAAGAUCUCACGUUACGCACUAGCAGAUGAGCACGAAAAACUCUUAAAUGAAAGUAACGUGUUGUACUGGGCAAAAUCUCUCCUUAACUUCACUUAUGAGUACAUUGAUCACUGUGUCAAUGCCGCACCGAGUCCUCCAUCUUUCCAAAUACCCCGUGUGCGUUUCGUGGAUGCAGGCAUUGCUUUAGCAUUUUCCCACCACUCGUCGAACACUCAGGCCACUUCCAAACAAGCUCCCAUGGCGGAUGUUAAGGCAGGGAUGUUUUCGGCGGUAUAUCUCCUUGAGGAGCGGGUGACAUCUGAUACUCCUGAUGAUCAGACGUUCACGAAAUUCAUCCACAACAAGGACUAUGGACCGUCGCUCGAUGAGGAUGAAUAUGGCUAUGACCUAGCUGUCUUUCUUGCAUUUACUCAGCACAUUCAGUACGCAAAGACAGAGGGUCUGGCCUUCAUUUCUGAUUAUCAAGGCAGCACUGAGCUUCUGACUGAUCCUCAGAUUUUGACCCACCGCGAAGGAAACGAUCUUUUUGGUGAUGGGAACAUCGCAAGUGUGGUGGACGACUUUGAGGCAAAGCAUCUCUGUAACCACUACUGCAAGUGGCCAGGAUUUGGGUUGAAAGUAUAUGCUUAG